UCGGAGUGAGGAGAGCGAGCCUCCGGACUCCCAGCCGCCCAGCAUGUGAACCGACGCUCGGCGUGAAGCAAAGUCGAAAACCGUGGAAAUAAGAACCUCUGGCGUUCUCAGUGCUCGUUGUUGUGCGCCAAAGUAGCAACGCUCAAGUGUUGAAGACGCUGGAAGAAUUUCGAGCUGCAUUUUUCCCAAGAAAACGGGACUUUUAAGUGGUAUUUCCAGCGGCUCGGGAGUGAGAGUGGACUGCUUGGAGUCACUUACAAAGAGCAUUAAGAAGUCAUGACACGACGAACGUUUCUCUUGGAUUUAUCUUCAUAAAAGACGAGAGAAAAGUCGACUAAAGCCGUUUUAACUUCAAUUACUCGGACUGCAAGCUAAGUAUCGGGACAAUUACUGCACAUUUUCUCGUGUUUUCAGUCGUUUUUAAGUUGCCCUACUUGGAUCAAAGUUUUUCCUUCCCUCCCCCCUCCUCCUCAACUAUGGCGGCGGCCAGGUUCACCACUGGCUCCGUGUUGCUGCGGAUCAUGUGGCUGCUGUGCGGGCUGUCUUUCUCACCCGCUUCUGCUCAGCAUUACAACAGUGAAAGCGGGAUAUCUGUCCCAGAACACGGCUUUUGCCAGCCCAUCUCCAUCCCGCUCUGCACCGACAUCGCCUACAACCAGACCAUCAUGCCGAACCUCCUGGGCCACACGAACCAGGAGGACGCCGGGCUGGAGGUGCACCAGUUCUACCCGCUGGUGAAGGUCCAGUGCUCCGCGGAUCUCAAGUUCUUCCUGUGCUCCAUGUACGCGCCGGUCUGUACCGUGCUGGAGCAGGCCAUCCCCCCAUGUCGGUCCCUGUGCGAGCGGGCACGGCAGGGAUGUGAAGCCCUGAUGAAUAAAUUCGGCUUCCAGUGGCCGGAGCGGCUCCGCUGCGAGGCUUUCCCCGUCCACGGAGCCGGCGAGAUCUGCGUGGGCCAGAACACAUCCGAACCAGGCAGCCCAUCCUCCUCUUCGUCUCCCUAUGCGCCCGAACCUGUGACCCUUCCCCCCAGCAUUGUCAGGCCGAACCCACACCCGCCCCAACACAACCAGUACCACCAAUUCUCCUGCCCGCUGCAGCUGGAGGUGCCCACCUAUCUGGGUUACAGAUUCAUGGGAGUCAAAGACUGCGGGGCCCCUUGUGAGCCCACAAAGCCCACCGGGAUCAUGUACUUCAGGGAGGAUGAGGUGAAAUUCGGCCGGCUGUGGGUUGGCAUCUGGUCCAUCCUGUGCUGUGUGAGCACAUUAUUCACGGUGCUCACCUACUUAGUGGAUAUGCGGCGGUUCAGAUACCCGGAGCGGCCCAUCAUCUUCCUGUCAGGCUGCUAUUUUAUGGUGGCUGUAGCCUACGCAGCGGGCUUUUUCCUGGAGGACAAAGUGGUUUGCGUGGAUAAAUUCAAGGUGGACGGCUACAGGACUGUAGCUCAGGGCACCAAGAAGGAGGGCUGCACCAUCCUCUUCAUGGUGCUCUACUUUUUUGGUAUGGCCAGCUCCAUCUGGUGGGUGAUUUUGUCCCUGACUUGGUUCCUCUCUGCCGGGAUGAAGUGGGGUCAUGAGGCGAUCGAAGCCAACUCUCAGUACUUCCACCUGGCUGCAUGGGCUGUCCCGGCCAUCAAAACCAUCACCAUCCUCGCCAUGGGCCAGGUGGACGGAGACGUCCUGACCGGGGUGUGUUUCGUCGGGAUCUUCAACGUGGACGCGCUCCGCGGCUUCGUCCUGGCCCCGCUGUUUGUCUACCUGUUCAUCGGUACGUCCUUCCUCCUGGCCGGCUUCGUGUCCCUGUUCCGGAUCCGCACCAUCAUGAAGCACGACGGCACCAAGACGGAGAAGCUGGAGAAGCUGAUGGUUCGGAUCGGCGUGUUCAGUGUGCUCUACACGGUACCGGCCACCAUCGUGAUCGCCUGCUACUUCUACGAGCAGGCCUUCAGGGAGCACUGGGAGCGGACCUGGCACAUGCAGACCUGCAAGCGCUUCGCCGUCCCCUGCCCGGUCCACAACUUCGCCCCCAUGACCCCGGACUUCACCGUGUUCAUGAUCAAAUACCUGAUGACCAUGAUCGUCGGGAUUACCUCCGGGUUCUGGGUCUGGUCCGGGAAGACUCUUCAGUCAUGGCGGAGGUUCUACAAGCGCCUUAGCAACGGUAACCAUGGAGAGACAACGGUGUGAAGUUUGGAGGAUUAAAAGGCACAGCGAGUUUUGGAUACAGCAACCUGAAAAUGAGGUCAAAUAGCUUUCAUUUUAGUACUUUCGGAUGUAUUUUUGGAUUGGAUUUUUUUGUGUGUUUCCAGGUUGUGGCAGCAGUUCGGGCUUUUAGACAAACUUUUAUCUAUAUUCCAUAAAAUUUGGAUAAAUUUUCACUAUAUUUCUUUUUUUCCCCUUUUUUUGUCAUCAAUCCUGGCUUUUGCAUCUUUGGAUUACAAACUGGUGUAAAUGGCCAUACUGGUCCCUGGACUGUGAUGCCAGACUGGUGAAAUUACUUCUUAAUAUGAAACUCUCUGCAUAUUAUCAAUUAUAUCCUUUAUAUUACAAUUUGAAUGUACUUGCUGUCUACUCUUUUGAGAGUUUGUCAGUGGAAAACAUAACAGCAAAGACUGAUGUGUCAAACAGAGUGGGCUUCUGUCCACAAUGCAGCAAAAAAGGUCAAAGGUUGGAUCCCUGCAACAGCCACACCCUCUGACUGAAUUCAUUGAUUAAGGGUACCUGGAUUACACAUUAGUUACUCUGCUUUUAGAUAAAGACUGAAAAGCUUUAAUACACGUGUUAGAUUUUGCAGAGUACAAUCUUGUCUGUUUCAUUAGGAGGAAUAAUUCAUCAACUCCGCCAUUGUGUGCCGAGUGGCUACCCAGAAAGCAAAACUAUUUCAUUUUUGCAGUUAUUUUUAAACUUCUCUUUUUAAAAAAAUAUUUCACUGAUGAAUAUUUUCUCAUGUAUUGAAUGUUCCCUCCGAAGUUGAAUGAAGUUACGUAUUGGUUUGCACAGUUAUCCUAAGUGUUUAAAAUGACUGAUACACGGCAGAUUGAUCUGGAUCUAACAUUUACAGAGACCACACACACACACACACACACACACACACACACACACACACACACACACACACACACACACACACACACACACACACACACACACACACAACCUCCACUUCUCUGUAAUUGAGACACAACAGCUCAUUGUUUGUCUCCGUGUGUGGUCUCUCAACUGUUGGAUUCCCCAUCAAAAAGACUUUUUAAGCUUUUAAGAAACCCAAAGCACCAUUUCAGUGAUCCAGAUUUAAUCCACAGGAGUGCAAAUGGUUGCUCUGGAUUUUUAAAGUCAUUUUAUCCCGGAUACAGAUGACUCUUUACAUCGUCGCAUAUAUUCUGCUCAAUGUUACUCAAUUUGCCUUACUCCCUAUUAAUUUCACUUGAAGUGUUAGUAGUUUUCACAAGCAGACUGAACAUGUUUAACUUUUUUUGCUUUAAUUAUUGUUUGAGUGUGUGGGCUGCCCUACGCAAGUUUGCAAACCACAGUGAAGCUGCAUGUGUGCUCUCUGCUUCUGGAGACAGGAUUCUUUGAUGUUCUAGUUUGGGAAAUGACAGGACAGAGGUCAAGGGUCACAACCAUGUGGGAAUAUUUUUAUGUGGAGAGUGCAGUGUAGACAGACUGUGCAGUGUUCAGCAACCAUUGAGUGUUGUAUCCUGGACAGAACCACCUCAGUAUAGCAAGUUAUAACAACAAAAUGCCAGGUCAUAGAAAUAUAUAUAUUUUAAGUACAUUUUAUUAUGGCAAAGGAGAACCAGCUAACUAUGUGCUUUUAUAAUUGAAAUAACACAAUUCCAGGGUUGGGGAUGUUCAUUUACGUUCUGAAGUGGUUUUGAAAAUUUUGUAGAAACAUUUUGAAGUCAAGCGAGAGAACAAUAAAUUUAGAAUUAUAAUAGUGCCAAAUACAUCAUUGAUGACAACAGCGUUAAUAGUGUUUUAGCCCCAGUGGUAAGCCAGUGUUGCUUGCAGCUCACUGAUUGUUUGAACUGAAUUAGGAAGUCACAGUUCACGUCUCAGACUAAAUAAUGGAAUCAGUUGCAGGUCCUGUGGGGAAACAAAAACAUGUUUUUAUUCUGACUGUGUCAGCUGCGAGGCAGCACAUGAUUGCCAGAAGGUUUUGUUUUUUGUCAUAUAGCACAUUUUCUCUGCAUACAUCACAUAGUAAUAAUGAAUGGGAACACUGCAGCAGUGAGGGACAGCUCACAACAUAAUGACCUUAUAGACUUGGCAUUCUAGUUAUUUUAGUUGCUGGAGCUGUUUCUCAAAUCCACAUAAGAUUAAUACUAAACAUGUGUACUUUAUACCAAUCUUCAUAGUAUAUUUUAAAGCAGUUUGUAUAUAAAACAAUUCAAAUUUCCCAUGUGAAUGUACUACAUACCUCAAACGCUGGUUAGAACUUGUUUGUAGGACUGAGUUAGGAAACAGUUCAACACUAAACACCUACACUCAUCCAUUACAGUUUUACCUAACAGGGCACAGUAGCUCAGUGUUACUACCUUCAGACAGCUUAUCUGCCAGUGUCAAUGGUACCAGACUGACUUGUUUGUGUUGUACUCUUUUCAGAAGGACUAUGAGGGUUUGUGUGUGUAUUUGUAUCAGAAGAUAUGCAAACCACCAAGUAAACACAAACUCUGAUUUCUAUUGUAUUUAUGGGGGAUACUCAUUUUUUUGUCUUUUGUACUUGUCUUUUUAUUUUUUAAUGAGAUAAGCCUGUUCUAUGUGUACAGUUUGAAUAAAAGUGUUAAAGUUUGUAA